AUGGAACAGCCGGCAGUCAGACCGCAGCUUACGAAAACCGUGCCGACAGUUCAACAACAUCAUGUCCAAACCCCUCAACAACCUCAGUCGCAAUCCGAUGCUGUGGCGACAGACUCCCUCGUCAAUGGGGACUUGAAAAAGGGUCAGAAGAGAAAGGGCCAAGAAUUACGACCUAUCAUAACGGCCGACGGCAAGCCAGUUGUCGGGGAGGCUGAUACCAUAGCUCAAGUCCAGUAUAUCGCGGCGAACCCGACCCUCGCUGAGCCUUCGGAUGCUCCCCCGUCCCAAAAAGCGUAUACCACUACAGCCGCGGCGCCUGAAUCCCAAGCCAGGCAACAAUCAGACGAUUCGGAGGAGGAAAACGAAGUUACAGCCGACGAGGAGGAUUUCGAAGACUACUGCAAGGGGGGUUAUCAUCCGGUGGAGGUAGGCGAGCAAUUUAAGGACGGAAAGUACACGGUCAUAAGGAAGCUAGGUUGGGGUCAUUUCUCUACCGUUUGGCUUUCGAGGGACAACGAGACCGGUCGACAUGUCGCCCUGAAAGUGGUGCGUAGUGCUGCACACUACACGGAAACAGCGUUAGACGAAAUCAAGUUGCUUCAAAAGAUCGUUACCGCGAAGCCGGAUCACCCUGGCAGGCAGUUCGUGGUCUCGCUACUGGACUCCUUCGAGCAUAAGGGCCCGAAUGGAACUCACGUGUGCAUGGUAUUCGAGGUGCUUGGGGAGAACCUUUUGGGUUUGAUCAAAAAAUGGAAUCAUAGGGGUAUUCCAAUGCAGCUUGUUAAACAAAUCACAAAACAGGUACUCCUGGGCCUUGAUUAUCUGCAUCGAGAAUGCGGGAUCAUUCAUACGGACUUAAAACCAGAGAACGUGCUCAUCGAGAUCGGGGAUGUGGAAUCGAUUGUUCGACUUGUAGAGGGCGACACCGCAAAGGUCAAUGGGGAUAAAACGAAACCAGAGAGACCUUCGAAUAGGAGACGGAGACGCACUUUGAUAACUGGCAGUCAGCCACUGCCUUCGCCUGUUGCGACAACAUUCGGCUCUAACCCAUUCUUUGUUCCAAAAUCAAAGACACAUAGCCAUAGCUCGUUAAGCACGUUCAUGGAUUCGUCGGACAGCUCAACUCAUCUGGAUCCAGAAUCCGCUAACAAAGCGAGAGAGAAAACUGCAGAACUUCUCACCGGUGCUAUAUCCGGAAUCAACCUCGAAAAAGCCGCUGAAGAAUCGGAGAAUACCCAAGAAACACCUUUCCCGAACGAUAUGAUCAAAGUGAAAAUUGCGGAUCUUGGAAAUGCCUGCUGGACAAAUCACCAUUUCACCAACGAUAUCCAGACCCGGCAGUACCGCUCGCCCGAAGUUAUUCUAGGCGCAAAAUGGGGUGCUAGCACGGAUACUUGGAGUAUGGCGUGCAUGGUAUUUGAAUUGAUAACCGGCGACUACCUUUUCGACCCUCAGCAAGGAACGAAAUAUGGUAAAGACGACGACCACAUCGCUCAAAUAAUAGAGCUAUGUGGUAAUUUCCCACGGCAUCUAUGUAUGGCGGGGAAAUGGUCGAUUGAAAUUUUCAACAGAAAGGGCGAGCUCCGGAAUAUCCACCGACUUCGUCACUGGGCUCUGCCUGAUGUUCUCCGGGAGAAAUAUCAUUUUAGCGAAAAAGAUGCAAACGAAAUAGCCGACUUCUUGUUGCCCUUGCUCGAACUUAACCCGGAGAAGCGAGCGAACGCAGGUGGGAUGACCGGUCAUGCAUUCUUGGUGGACGCGAAGGGGCUCGAGACCCUCAAGUUAGAUAUUCCUGUCGGGUCAAGAGGUGGGAUAGAGGGCUGGAGCAGCGAGGUAAAGAAAAGAUAG